UCGGGCGAAUUGGGACUUCACUGAACUUAGUGAACUUCAGCCAGUGCGACAUAUCCCCAUGACUUUCGCAGAUUUGGUUUCCUCAACAAACCUGUAGUUUAGAAUGUCAAUGAUAAAUGGUCUGUCCAUCACUGGGAAAAAUAGUGUGGUUCUACAAGCAUUUUGACUGUCUGUCUAAUGAUACUGAAAUACUGCGUCUCUGAACUGUACGCCUCGUGGGCAAACGAAGACUUUUAUGAAAAAGGUUGUGUCGCCUCAUCACACAAGCGUUUAAUGUAACAUCUUGGUGGCAAGUUUAUCAACAAUGACUGACAAGACAAAUUCUUCACAGGAGGACGAUGAGCUUGGUAAGAACAAUUUCUCCGAGAAUGCACCACCAGUCACUCUUCCUCCUAUACAAGAACAGGGCAUAUACGAACCUGCGUCGCUCCUGAAGAUGGAAGAAAAGAAGAAACGAACAAUCGAAACGGAGUUUGGCACCAUCAUCAUCGAUUCUAAAGGCAUUACAGUACGAUCGGAAAGAAAUCUCUCUGGUUCCGCGGAAAACCAAGCUACACACCCCUCGACAGAGAGCGCUGCAGUUAUCAGUUCAUUAGCCGGGUACGACUCGAAACGCUCGAGUCAACACCACGUCGGAUCGCGGAUGAUCUUGCUCAACACGUCGAAUACGUCGUCGCGGGCGAUAGACGCGGCGCUGGAGCGACAGGAGCGAACGGAGCGCGGCGUGUGGGGUUCGGACUUGGAGCUGAUUCUGGUCAUGUGCAGCUCUCUCUGCGGCAUGGGGAAGUUCGUCUUCUUUCCGCGGUUCUGGCUCAAGUAUGGUGGCUUUGCCUUCCACGUGGCCUACAUGGUUUGGCUGCUGCUGCUGGCGCUGCCACUCUUCCUGCUGGAGUCAGCGCUGGGCCAGUUCACGGCGCACGGCAUGACCGCCCUCAUGCCGCAGAUGGCGCCCGCCCUCAAGGGCUACUCCUACGCCAUGCUGCUCUCACUCGUCCUCUCCAUGGUGGCUUACAUGCCCGACGUCAGCACGGCGGUCAUCUACGGCAUCGAGGCAACCCGAAACCGGCAGCUGUGGAUGAACUGCACCGCCUUUUACAACAGCGACCUCUGCUACACGCGCAAGCUGGACCAGCUCUGCCGACGGAAGGGCGCGCUGCUUUACGCCUCCAAGCGGUGCCUCCGUUUGGAAGAGAUCUGCGGGCAUCACGUCAACUCGAGCCGACUGAGUCCGCUGGCGACGGCUUGCGUCCGCCAGCACAACGGCACGGCCCUCCUGAACAUGACCGAGGUCGGCCGCCUCCGAGAGACGGCCGGCAACGAGUUCUUCAACAACGUGCCGCACCGCGUGGCGCCGGUCGCCAGCCUGCGACACUUGAACGGGCCUAGCCUGGCUGCACUGCUCGGCUGCUGGACGUUCGUGGCUCUCGUCUCGCAGGCCGGUCUGGGCAGCUUCAAAUACUCGCUGCCUUUUUUGUUAGCUCUGCCACUCCUCAUCGUCUUCAUCAUUCUGGUCAACAUAAUGGUCUUCGGCGACGUCUUUCACAAGAUCUGGCGCCACCUCAUUCCCGAUAUCGGCAAGCUGGGAGACCCGGUCUGCUGGUUCCGCGCUGGCCGGUUCGCGAUAUUCUCCAUGGACGUGGGCAUGGGGAUAAACACGGUCAUGUACAGCAGGAACCUGCUCACGCACGACUGCAAGCGGUCGGCCAUCACAAUCACCGGCCUGCAGCUGGCGAUGGAGACGCUGUUCGGGCUCCUCUACACCUUCCUUCUGGGGAAGCAGGCUGCAGACUUGGACGUGGAGACCAGCGUUCUGACCGAUGACUCCAAGGACGGGCACCCGCUCAUUGUACUGUCCACGUCACUGGGAAUGCUCAGCGAUAGCCAGACGUGGUCGGCACUCCUGUUCCUGGCGUUGGUGCUGCUGGGCAUGGGAACAUGUCAGGCGGCUCUGCUCACCAUUGAGACCAGCCUGCGCGAGCUCUCCCUGCUCGGCACCCUGUCGACGAGGUCCGCUGUCUUCACGCUGUGCAUCAUCUUCUUUGUGCUGGACACGCUCUUCACGUUCCCUAGCGGAUAUUACGCCAUGCUGGCUCUCCAGCAGUACGCCAUCAGCUACUUCCACGUCGUUCUGACGUUCGCGCUGGUGGUGUGUGUCAACGCCAUCCUCGGCGUGGACCGCGUGCUAGACGACAUCGUUAAUAUCAUGUCGGUGCACAUGCGGUGGUCGCGCUCCUUCUGGGCCUUGUCGUGGCGCUACGUGUGUCCCCUGCUGCUGCUCAGCCUCUUCGUCGCCAGCAUCGUGUACCAGGCGGCCGAGCCGCUGCGCUACAUGAACGCGCCACUGCCCGCCUGGACAUCUGUCUUCGGUGGGGUCAUGGUCACGUGCCCGCUGGUGCUGCUCAUCGGCGUCGUCUUCCGCGUCCACAUGGACAGCGAGACGUACGGCCAGGACCUGUUCGUGCCGACCCGACGCUGGCGGGCGGGCCUGCGAGCACUCUCUGACACGGCCGUCACCCCGAAGGCCACGGACAGCUCGCUGCGCUCGGCAGGUCAGUCGUCCUCCCACUUUCUCGUGCCGGCGGCACCCUCGCUGAUGACGCAGAUGUACAGCGGCAUUUCCAGCCGACACUUGGUGGGCACCGUCAGCAGCCGCGAGCAGAAGUCCAGUGAGGAUCUGGGGCCAGAAGGCAAGGAGGCGGACGUAUAGCGGAGGAGUGAUGACAGCCCUGUGCUAGUGGCGGGUGAUGCGUAGGUGACGACAUGAUGUGGAAUGCACUCGCAUAACGGCGUAAGAAAUCGCUGG